AUGGACAGCACUGUCAUUGGCGAAUUUUACACGUUCUUCGGUGCCAAAUACCGCGAGAAAAGUCCACGCGCGCGACGAGCGUUGUGGUUCAACUCCUGCGAAUGGAGAGAUAGGUUUUAUGGUUCACCACAAGAGAUUCGCCGAUCCGUGGUUGCGAAGAACCUAGUCUCGCCGUCAUUGGACCGUCUUAAUUCUAUACUCAACUUCGUCCGCAGUCAAAAGCACAAGUUCCUUCAGGCUUGUUACCAUCCCGGAAGAUUGCGACACGAACCACUAGAUGCCGAGUGGGUUUGCAUUGUCUUUACGAGAUGGGAGCCGAACCUGUGUGAAUACGCAACCCAUCUCUGGCCGGUCCAACUCCAGUUUCAACACCAGUGGAUGAUAGCCAUGCACUAA